CCGGAAGCGAAGAGCGUGGAGACCAGGUCACCGGGCCGGGCAAAAGUUUCUUUCUAGUGUAAAUUUGUACAGCCCCCGCCCCCUCCGCGCCGCACCCUUCGCUGUGUAAAUCCAGACGUCGCCGUUGCAGAUUCAUUCCUUGCCUGAGUGAUUUCUUCUUUUCAUCUUAUAUAUUUGGAGUUUUCUUCGGUCAACCUCUAAAGACUCAUGUUGUCUGAGGGAAAAGCCCGUAAGAGGAGGAAGAGGAAGGAAAAGGAGUCAGGAAUGGCUCUUUCUCAGGAACCGUUGACGUUCGAGGAUGUGGCCAUCAAAUUCACUCAGCAAGAGUGGGAAUGCCUGGACCCUGCUCAAAGGGCCUUGUAUGAGGACGUGAUGUCGGAGACCUACAGGAACCUGAUCUCCCUGGAUAUCUCUCCUAUACAUGUGAUCAAGCAAUUACAACCCAAAGCGAACAGUGAUAAAGGAGAAGUAUUCCAAACACUGAUGUUGGGAAGACCUGAAAGCUAUGAAAUCAAACAUUGUCACCUCAGGGAAAUGCUGGAAAAUAUGUACGACUCUGAGUGUCAGUGGAGAGAUGACGAAAGAAAUUACAAAGGAAUGCCUGUAACGUAUAACAGAAAUCUGACUAAUAGAAGAGAUCAACAUGGUGGAGGGGAUGCAGAAAUCAAGCCCUUUGGAAACAGGAUUGGAUUAAACGUUCCAGAUAAAAUGCAGAUGUUUCAAAUUGAUGGGAUAAUUUCUGAAUGUUAUGAUAUUGAGAGGUCUAUCAGCAGUAGUUUCUCAUUUGUACCACUUCAAAGAAUUCCUCGUAGUGUCCAAACCAAUGUUUCUAAUGUAUAUAGGAAUGAUUUUAUGCAUCCUUCAGUGAUGACACAAGACCUUAAAGCACACAGGGAAAGACCUUAUAAAUGCAAUGAGUGUGGGAAAGCCUUUCUUAAGGGCUCAAACCUCAUUAAACAUCAGACCAUCCAUACAGGGGAGAAAUUACAUGAAUGUGAUGUACGUGACAAAUUCUUUGCUCAAAGUUCACAGCUUGCAUGUCAUAGGAAAAUUCAUCCUGGAGGGAAAUGUUACACGUGUAACGAGUGUGGCAAAACCUUUAGUGAUGGCUCCACCCUUGCCAGACAUCAGAUAAUCCACCCAGAAGCAAACUUACAUAAAUGUGGUGUAUGUGGUAAAACCUUUGGUCAAAAUUCAUACCUUGUACGUCAUCAGAAUAUUCAUGCUGGAAAGAGAAGUUACCAAUGUAAUGAGUGUGGCAAAACCUUUACUGACAGCUCAAACCUCAGUAGACAUCAGAAAAUUCAUACAGGAAAGAAAUUAUAUAAAUGUGAUAUAUGUGAGAAAGUCUUCAGCCGAAAUGCACACCUUGCUGGUCAUCGGAGGAUUCAUACUGGAGAGAAACCUUACAAAUGUAAUGAGUGUGGCAAGCUCUUUAGUCAACAUUCACAUUUCAUAAGUCAUAAGAGAUUUCAUACUGGAGAGAAACCUUACAAAUGUAAUGAGUGUGGCAAGGCCUUUAGUGAAAAGGCAAUCCUUUUAAGUCAUCAGAGAGUUCAUACUGGCGAAAAACCUUACAAAUGUGAUGAGUGUGGCAAGGUCUUUAGUCAAAAAUCACAUCUUCGACUUCAUUGGAGAAUACAUACUGGAGAGAAACCUUUCAAAUGUAAUGAGUGCGGCAAGUUCUUCAGUCGAAACUCACACCUUACAAGUCAUCGGAGAAUACAUAUAGAGAAACCUUUUAAAUGUUUUGAGUGUGGAAAAGCCUUUACUCAGGUCUCAACCCUCACUAAACAUCAGAAAGUCCAUACGUGAGAGAAAUUGUGUAAGUGUGAUAUAUGUGGGAAGGUCUUCAAAAUUCACACCUAACUGUUGUUAAGGUAAUUCAUACGAUGGAGAAACCAUACAGAUAAUCAGUGUGGAAAAGCUUUUGUGCAUUAAGUCUCACUUAUAUCAGAUUAUUCAUACCAGAGAGACACCUUACAAAUGUAGUGAGUGUGUGGCAAAUUCUUGAGUGUGCUUUCAAGCCAAACUUAGCAUUAGGUGAUCCAUACUGGUUAGAGCACUUAAAAAUAUAAUGAAGGUGGCAUUGUUUUAGGAGGCCUUCACAUCUUAGGCUUCAUGAGAAGAUUCAUGCUGGAUAGAAGCCAGAUAAAUGUAUUUAGUAUAGUCAGGCCUUUAGAAAAUGAGUUCAUUCUAGGAAGAUGCCUCACCAGUGCCAUGAAUGUGAAAAAGCUGUUCUUACAGUUCACAUCUCCCCAGUAUUCAGGUAAUCCACACUGGUCAGAAUGUUACAAAUGUACUAAAUUUUGCAACACUUUUAGAUUGUGCCUUAAACUCAGGGAUCACCAGAUACUUCAUACUUUAAAAUGCAGCAAGUAUGUCAAAAGUUAAAUUAUUGCUCACUCAUCAUUAGAUGUCAGAAUAUUUAUCCUGGAGAAAACCCACAGAAAUGUAAUGUAUGUGGCAGGGGUCUUACCCAAAAGUCACAAGAUAGGAAUAUACUGGAGCCAUACCUCCCAAAUGCGGAGGUUGUGGGAAAACCUGUACCUUGGGUUCAAGUACUCAGCAAUUGUAGAAAGUCCAUGUUGAAGAGAAGCUAUGGAAAUGUGUGAAUAGAGACUUUAUCCAGGCCUCACAGUGCACUAGGCUUCAGAGUACACAUCUUUGAGAGAAACCACAGAAAGUAAUAUGUGUCCUAAGGACUGUACUUGAAGAUCAAAACUGAAAUACAGAGGAUUUAUGUUGGAGAGCAGGCUUUCAAAUGUAAUGAAUGUUGUAAAGUUUUACAUCAAGUAUCCACACCUUUGGUGUAAUGACAGAAUUCUUAUGGGUCAGAAAGUAUACACGUGGAAAAACUUCAUGAAACAGUGCGUCCUUGGGGUUUACCAAAGAACUCAUAUCUGGGACAGUCCUUACAAGCGUAAUGAAUUUGGUGAAUUUUUUGAGCAGUUCUUAAAACAGACGACACAUCAGAGAAUGUAUACCAGGAAUAAAUAAAUCUUUAGUUCUCUGAAGUUAACCUGAGAUAUACUGCAGAAUCAUUACAAGUCACAACAUGUUAAAACUUAUGACAUGGUGUGUAUAUGAGAGGGAAAAGGACGUGUGUGAAAAUGGCUGAUUAUCUUCAGUAUAUUAAAAUUUAAUUAUUUGAAUUUUCUUGAAAAGGCUACUUACUAUUUAUGCUUUUCAACUUAAAGUUUGAAGUAACAGGAAAGAACAAAUCUGACUCUAGGGACUUCCCUGGUGGCGCAGUAGUUAAGAGUCUGCCUGCCAAUGCAGGGGACACAGGUUUGAUCCCUGGUCUGGGAAGAUCCCACAUGCUGCAGAGCAGCCAAACCCAUUCACCACAAGUACGGAGCCUGCACUCUAGAGCCUGCGAGCCACAGCUGUUGAGCCUGCAUGCCACAACUAGUGAAGCCCACACACCUAGAGCUCAUGCUCUGCAACAAGAGAAGCCACUGAACUGAAAAGCCUGCGCACUGCAACGAAGAGUAGCCCCUGCUCUCCGCAACUAGAGAAAGCCCGUGCACAGCAACAAAGACUGAAUGCAGCCAGUAAAUAAACUGAUUUAAAAUAUGUUAAAAUCUGAGUAUAUUGGACCUUUUACUUUUACUUUAACAUUUGUAUUCUCUUGCUUUUGCUACAGAUUAAUCACUAAAGGAAUAUUGCCUAUAAGGUUAAAUUAUACAUAAUGGGCCAUCUUUGGGAAUCCUGCUUCCUGUGUAAUUCAUUUUAAACUAAAAUACCUUUGUUUACCUCAUGGGAAAGCUGUCCAGGUUCACCUGUGAAUGGCAUCAAGAAAGAAGAAAUUAAAACAUCCCCUCAGGAGUCUGACUGGAACCAGGACUUUACUCCCUCCUCUUUUAGUAUAAAAGAAGUCCAGGUUUAACUCAGAGAAGAUGAUUGUUUGGGACAGUAGUCCACCAUCUUCUGGGUCUGCUGGCUUUCUGAAUAAAGUCAUUAUUCCUUGCCCCAGCAACUAGUCUCUCAGUUUAUUGGCUUGGCCUUGUUAAUGUGUUGAUCAUAUGCAUUUGUUACAGGCCUUUCAUGAUGGUCUCUGGAAAGAAAUCAGUAAGAUGAGGUGGCUGACUUCAUUAGAUGUGGUUCAUUCACAUCCAUGUUCCCUGGAAAAAACAGAACCCUGAAUUAUCAAAUUGAAUAGGGUGUGAAUGAGCAUCAGGGAGGAGCAGAGAAUAACGUAAAACCAGGACAUGAAUCAUCGUACUUAUUACAUUCAGGGUGCCCUUCUGUAGAUAGUCCACAGUGGGUUACAGGGCAGAAUGCUCUACCAGCUGACCUUGAACAGAGCAGGCAGGAUAUUAAGGUACUGGGCUUUUCAUGGGAGGAGAGUGACAGGUUGCUAGGGACUGAUUAUGUGGUAGGAACAAUGCUCAGGAAAAGUUGGUCACCUUCUCCAUUAGAUGGUAAUAACUUGUAUGUAUGAUUAAAGAAAAAUUAGUCUUAUUUUUGGAAACUGAAGACAGAGCAAUUAUUUUGAGCAUUAAAUUUAAUCAGAACCAGAAUAAUAUGUGUAAAUGUAUGAUUCACAUUUAACUGCUGCCAUUACCGUUUGCUAAUGUUGUAUUCAAAGAACUACAUUCUGAAUGUAUCAUGGGUCUCCUGUUUUA